AUGCAUGAGGUAAUGCAAGGGGUAUAUGGCAAUAAGGAUGCGGUGAUAGGUGGAUAUAUGAAUGGACAUGUAGGUAAUGAGAGGAGAGGAUAUGAAAGAGUACAUGGAGGAUAUGGUUUUAGUGGGAAGAAUGAGGCUGGAGAAAGAAUACUGGAUUUUACAGUAUCGUAUGAUCUUGCUGUGAAAAAUAAAAUUGUUUUACGUGUUUUCUGGCGAGAUAAUGUUGUUGAGUUAAAUUUGUUUAGUUCCUCAGAAUAUGAAACAGAAGAUGAUUUGUCUGGUUCAUCAUAUUCUUCAAAAACACGAGGAUUUAUAACUUUUAUGAAUCCUAAAUUACUUUCUGCAUUAGAUCAAUGCAAGAUAUCUGACCGCGAUGCUGUGCAUUUAAUUAUUUCUACUGCUGAAGCAUUAGGUAAUAACGUAUCAAAGUUAAUAAUCAACCGAUCAACUAUUCGACGGGGAAGAUUAUUUUUUAGUGAAAGAAAGGUAAAUGAUAUAAAAAAAAUUAAAUUUCUGGAUAAAAAUAGUCUUGUCUUGCAUUGGGAUGGAAAACUACUUCCAGGCAUUAUAAAUAGAGCUAAAGUUGAUCGAUUGCCAAUCUUGGUAUCAUUUGAGGGAGUAAGUCAAUUACUUGGGUUCCCAAAAAUUGAGAGUGAUUCUGGCGAGAAUCAGGUAAAUGCAAUUUUUGAUUUAUUACAAGUUUGGGAUGUAAAAAAUAAAAUACAGGCCUUGUGUUGUGACACAACAGCUUCUAAUACAGGUCGCUUAAAUGACGCUUGUAUAUUGCUUAAACAACUCUUAGAGCGCAAUGUGUUGUAUUUACCAUGUCGUAGACAUAUUUUGGAAUUAGUACUAAAAAAUGUUUUCAAGGUUAAACUUAAUUUAUGUACAACUGGUCCAGUUGUAUCAAUUUUUAAAAAUUUAAAGAAUGUUUGAUUAGUCUAGAUUUGUUGAAUUUUGAUAUUGGUAUCAAUGAUAUAAUUAUCAAAAAUGCAGUUGUACACACUAAAAAUAAUGUAAAAAAAUUUUAAUUGGAAACAUUAAUAAUUCAACAAUGUAGAAAAUACUACAAAGAAUUUAUGUGUUAUUUUUAUGGGUGCAACACCCCUUAAUGGUGUAAAAUUUCACUACCCUAGUGUUUUUCAUCAUGCUAGAUGGAUGUCUAAAGCAAUUUAUUCGUUAAAAAUAUACAUGUUUAGAAAAUAGCUUAAAAUACGAGAAGAACAUGCAUUUCAUAAUAUUUGUGUAUUUUUGGUAAAAGUUUAUGUCAAGGCUUGGUUUAAGGGAUCUAUUGCCAUACAAUCAGCAUUUAAUGAUUUAUGUUUCUUAAAAGUUUUAAUUAAUUAUCCUGAUUCUUUUAUAUCU